GUAAGGUGACUUCACCCAUCCAGUGAACUUGCACAUCAAGCAGCCCGAGACUUUGCAAUCGUAUUCUGAAACUUCAGUUUCAGAUGAGCCCAUAACGUUCAUAACAUUCAUAACGUUAACGUACAUAUGUUGUGUUGAAUCGGCUCCGAAAAUGGUAAGUCGAAUCGCCCAUAACGACUUCAUUAUAGUCUCCCGUCAAUUGCUGAUCAAUCGAGCCGACACGGAUAAGGACAAACGGAGUGCCAAGAUGCUCAUUAUCAACAGCACUGGAAAGCAGCACAUCGUCACCUUCAAGCUGCCCAUCCGUGCUUUUACAGUGCAAAAGCUGUUUCUCAAGAUGAACCUUCAUAUGGAGGAUAACAUCACGAUUGAUUGCAUGGAGAAUGCCGGUGGUAUUAUCCAUUUGGUGGUCUCUGUGGGAUUCGCCAUCGGUGAUACCAUUGCCGAUACGAUUGCCAAGGCGGAGGAGUUCUACAAGAAGGUGCAUCAGUCCAGGGCGUCCGCUGAUGCCGCUCCUCGCAACGCGGUGCCCGUUGAAGAACCAUCUCGUGCGGUUGUCAAGCCAUCGGAGACUUCGGUGGCCAACAAUGGUUGCCAGCCAGCUGCAAUCGAAGGCAAGAAGCACAAGAAAAGACAUUGCGCUCCGGGAGACACCAAUGCUGACAAAGCGAUAUCGUCGGUGGAUCAAGACGCCAAUACUUCCAAGACCAAGAAACAGAAGAAGUGUCAUUCUGCAGAGGACAGCAAUGGUUAUCAAGUUGCUGGUGCUCAAGACAACCCAGGUUCAUCUGGCAAUAAACAGGAAUAUCAAACCCCUACGGGAAAUCAAACCCCUACGGGUAACACCUCAAAUUCUCCAAUGAAGAGCAAUGGUCUCCAGGGCGUGCAACCAGCUGGAGAUGCUCUCGCAAACUCCCAGUCAAUCCAGUCGAAGGACCAAGUCGCACAUGCCACUAUUAGCAAGAAAUCGGAAGAGACAGCUGGUGGAUCUCAAUCGCGGGUGCAACCGAAUGUUGCAUCCAUACCGGCGCCAGCCGAGAAAGCAACUAGUGACACUAUACCCACACCUGCAAAACGCGCAGAGAAGAGUCGCCUGCGCCGGAACAGCAACUGGAUAAUAAGCAGGGACUUUGACGAUGAAGUCAUUGUGCUGUUGAGCAGCGAGGAUGAGGAGACCACCGCCGCCGACAAUGGCCAAACAGAGGGAAGACUCUCCGUCGACGAGAAUCCAAAGCUUUUCACAUAUCCGCCCACCGGAACCGGUGGCCUGAGCAUCACCAUUAAGGACUAUAUGCGCCUCAAGGAAGGCUCAUUUCUGAACGACAUAAUCAUUGAUUUUUAUCUGCGCUGGCUAAAGAAUAACAUCAUACCAGAGGAUCAGCGCGAUAGGACGCACAUCUUUAGCACAUUUUUCCACAUGAGAUUGACCACAGAGACGGGUCCCAACAACACGAAGGAGCCGGUGGCCAAGAGGCGUCACGAAAGGGUAAAGAAGUGGACACGAACCGUGAAUAUAUUCGAGAAGGAUUUCAUCAUAAUACCAUUCAACGAGAAGUCCCAUUGGAUACUGGCCAUCAUAUGUUUUCCAAACCUGAAGACCUCCGUGGUUAACCAUGAUGUACAGACACCCGGCGAAGACAUUCCAAUCAAACAGCCAUUGAUUCUCAUCUUCGAUUCGCUGGAGUGCAACUCACGCUAUCGACAUAUUGCCAUAUUGCAUGAUUACCUCAACUUCGAGUACAAGGCAAAGUAUCCGAAAGAGCGGGCGCGCAUCUUCAACUGGGAUAAUAUGCCCGGUCAUAUUGUGGAGGUGCCGCAGCAGGAGAAUCUCACCGAUUGCGGCCUCUAUCUGCUGCAGUAUGCGGAGCAAUUCUUCACAAAACCCAUCGUUAACUAUAAGCUGCCCAUUAGGGAGCUGAUCGAUUGGUUUGACCUGCUCACAGUAACCAAGAAGCGCGAGGAUAUCGCCAAUCUCAUCCAGAAGCUGAUGAAUGAAGGCAAUCAGCAGGGCAUAACUUUGCCCGUCAUAAAGUUUCCCACACUGAAUGGCAUAAUGGUGAUGGAUGUGGAUGACGAGAAGGAAUGUGACACGGAUAAAGAGAAUCAAACUAUAAACCAAUAUAGUUUUGAAACCAGAACACCGCCGAAAAGAAGGCAUACACUCAAGUAAACCACUUGCGAAGUGGCUGCUUCGGAAAAUUAUAUUUUCACACAGAAGAACUGAAGACGGCGACAACGCAAUGCACACACGUUUGGAACACUAGGAGGAGCAAGUGACACGGAGGUGGGCUCACCAGAAUUAUACGUUUUUUCCCCAAAAGCAAGAAAACUUUCAUACACACACACAGAGAAAGAGAGACACAGAUCAGGAUCACAGGAUGAGCAGGAUAAGCAGCAUGAGCAGGAUAAGCAGGAGCUGGAUGCCAGGAGGUGGAGAAUGGCCACACAUCAAGAAAAAUUCUAAAUUUAGAGUCACCAAAUUAAUAGAAAAUAUUUUUUUUUGUAAAUAGCAAAAUAAACGGUCCAUAGGACCAAUAAAAAUAA